AAAUACAAAAAAAUUUCUAAAUUAAAAGUACCGUUUUGGCUAAGAUUUGCGCGAUAAAAUGGCUAAUGUUUACCCGGAGGCAGUAUGCAUUUGCAAGAAGUUCGAUUUAUCCGAUGCGCAAAUGCAAGAGGUCGUCUCACGAUUGACUGAGGAAAUGACAAUGGGUCUAACGAAGGAUACUCAUCCUCGUGCCGUUGUCAAGUGCUGGAUUACCUACGUGCAGGAUUUGCCAACAGGACAGGAACGUGGAAAGUAUUUGGCACUUGAUCUGGGCGGAACAAACUUCCGUGUCCUGCUUGUGGACUUGAAAAGUGAGACCGAAGUGGAUAUUCAGUCGAAAAUUUAUGCCAUGGAACAGUCAUUGAUGAAGGGACCCGGUAAAGACCUAUUCGACUUCAUAGCCGAGUGCCUGGCGAACUUCGUCCAAGAGCAGAAGGUUGAAAACGAGGAACUGCCAUUGGGAUUCACUUUCUCAUUUCCGGUGCAACAAUUGGGUCUGGCCAACGGCGUAUUAGUUGCCUGGACGAAAGGGUUCAGCUGCGAAGGUGUGGAGGGCAGAAAUGUUGUCGAACUACUGCAGGAGGCUAUCGUUCGCCGCGGAAAUCUGAAAAUUAACAUCGUCGCUAUUUUAAAUGACACGACAGGCACUCUGAUGUCCUGCGCCUUCAAAAAACUCAACUGCCGCAUUGGACUGAUCGUGGGAACAGGUUGCAAUGCGUGCUAUGUGGAGAAAACAGCCAAUGCCCAGGUAUAUGAGGACUAUCAAACGAGCUCAAAGCCAAACAUGAUCAUUAAUUGCGAGUGGGGAGCAUUCGGAGACAACGGAGUCCUUGACUUCAUCCGCACUCCGUACGACAAGGUAGUGGAUAAAUCGACACCAAAUAAAGGGCGACAGACAUUCGAGAAAUGUAUAUCGGGCAUGUAUCUGGGAGAGCUUGUACGUCUCAUCAUGGUCGAGUUGAAGGAGCAAGGCGUACUUUUUAAGGGCGUGGACUCGCAAUUGCUGCAACAAAAGUGGACCUUUGAAUCCAGAUUCCUGUCGGAGGUGGAGGCCGAUCCGCCCUGCUCAUACUGUAAGACAAGCAAGGUUUUGGAUGAAUACGGCAUUAGAUGUGCGCCUGAUAGUGACAAGGCCUGUGUCCGAUACAUAUGCGAGACUAUAUCCCGUCGCUCAGCCAAAUUGGUGGCCUGCGGAUUGGCUUGCCUCAUAAAACGAAUGAAUAACAAGGACCUAUCUGUGGGCAUCGAUGGUAGUGUCUACCGCUUUCAUCCCAAAUAUCACGACCUAUUGAUCGAGUUUAUGCAGAAAUUGUUGGGCCCGUGUUUUAACUUUGAGCUUGUUCUCUCUGAGGAUGGCUCUGGACGUGGCGCAGCUUUGAUCGCAGCAGUUGCAGCCCAAAAGUAACUCCAUCAGCUAACCCAAUUCCCAAACAGAUACGCCAAGAAGCGAAGUAUUGAGUUCAAAUACACUUUAGAAGAAGAACAAAGGAAUAAAGGAACGGCCUCAUAGUACCCAAGUACACUGUCUAAGCAACAAUUCUUGCUUCCAAAUCAAAGCUAUUAAUUACUAAAACCGAGAGAUUAUAGAAUAGGGCUGGGAGAAGUGCAAUAUUUAAAGAAAUAAAAAACUUUUAAACUAUAA